CACGUGGGAUGGUCAUAUCGUCGCUGCAGUUUUAUUAACCGUUUAUAUAGACUUGGACAGUAUGUUCCCACGUACGUUUUAGACUCUGGAAGUUCGUCUUUAUGUUGAGAACCGUGGCAUGUGUUUGGGGCUUCGGUUAGAACUCUAGUUGAAUUUUUAAAGAAGAGCAGAACGGUGCAAGUGAAGCUUUUGUCGAGUGUUUCUUAGCAACCAGGCCUAAGCCCUACCCACGUAUCGAUUAGUCAAAACUGCAUGCCAGCUAUCAUGCGUUGCUGCAAUGGACCAAAUCUGAAGUGAACAAAGUGCCAGUGUGUGAAUAUUUUGUGCUCCUAAAAGUUGGCAGACAAGAUGCGCCCGGUUCGCUGCGUCUGACUCAUCAAGCAUUUGAACUUUGGAACCGCGGGCGUGUGACUUGCGUUAGAGUCUGACAUGUCGCCUGCUAGUAACUCUAUCUCCUCUACAAGAUCUACCCGCUUGACGUCUGAAGCUCCGUAUCCCGGAAUUUCAACACUUGAUCGCUGUGGAAUUCCGUGUUUAACUGUACCCAUUUUUGUGGGAAGCACUAACCGCUGUGAUUAACAGUACGCGUUCACAUUCAGCGCACUUCGAUCGAUGAUCCAUGGUAGAUUAAUUGCGGAUCGCUGUUUUGGUUUCUGUGUUGCGUAGGUUCCCCAAGGGAAUGUAUGCGUGGUCAGUGAGUUUAGUAAAUCAUAUAGUUCCUCGUAUUGGUAGGUGCCAAAAAAACCUUGCAUUUUUUUACUCUACGGUAUAUUGAAGUGAAUUAUGGUGUCCCGUUACGGGGGUAGGAAGGAGCCAACAAUGCAUUGCUUCAUGUCUCACAGCGCGCAUCCACCGCCGCAACAUGCACCCCCGCCCCUCGGACAGUUCCGCAUCAUCUCGCCUGCGAACACUGGCAGACCAGAGGUUAGCUUCCAUGUGCCAAAUGCUGGUUUCCCCCAACAGCAAGGAGGAGGGGCUGGCCCCCCAAGUGCACCCCAAUUGAGGGCUAUCCAUCAUCCACAUCACAGUGGUAGCCCCUCACUCCCACCGCCACACCAACAACAGCCUCCUCCACAAGCGCAGUCACAACAUAGUGGGGGACCCCAGGGCCCCACACCAACUUCAACCCCUCCAGGACCAGCUGAAAUGGGCAAGCAGGGUCCACCACACAUGCAGGGUCAGCCACCAUUGCAGCAAGGAGGGCAAAUGCCACUAGGCUUUGUAGCAAACCAGACGAGGACACAAGGUUCACAGCCCUUCUAUCCACGAGGCCCAGCACCACGGAUGCCAAAUCAUAGGAAUCAGGUUGUCAAUAUGCAGCCUAAUAAUGUUGGACAGCAAAUGUUCCCACAACAUAUGCCGAUGUCCCAGGUGCAGCAAUUAUAUGGACAGGGUGUCAUGCCUACUCAGAUCCCCACUCCACAGAUGUUCGUGCCGUCCCAGUUGUCUGUGUUCACAAGCCAGCCACGGCACCAGAAUCACACAGGAGGUGGAUAUUACCAGCAGACAGCCCCCCAGCAGAUCUUGAUGACGCCACCAGUGUAUCAGGGGUUCCAGCACCACCCUUCUUCUCCGCAGUAUUAUUAUCAAAGCCCCAUGGCUCUUCCUCGACCAAGUGGGGGUGUUACAGGAGCUCCUGGUCCGGGUGGGCUAGCAGGCACAGCUAGUCAGCCAGUAAUGACCGGGGGCCCGAAUCCGUCACAAUUGGGUCAGCCUGGUGGUUCAGUUGCUUUGGGCAUUGUGCAAGGCCCUGGUGGAGUGGUGGGGGUAGGAGGACUGGGUGGUGACACGACUGCAGGCCCAGCUACGACAUCAGCGACAGCUGGCAAGCAGACUCGACGGAGAUUUGCUUUAGAUAUAGUUGAUCCGAAAACUAUGAAGAAUAUCGAUGUUUAUGAUGGCAGUGUCACAUCAAGCAGCACGCCGCCUCAUUCUGGAGAGUCUAGUGCCCGGGACACACCUCAGCCGAACACGGGUCCCAGUGCCAGCGAUGUGGCUGCAGAUUUUGCGGCUCGUGUUGCGAAGGCAGCAAGUGAGAAGUCAAGUCCUUCUCCCCUCCCUGUAGUCUCUCAGGCGGGACCUCCUGCAUAUAUUGAGUCCUCCCAGACGGUGACAGCAAAUGGACCUGAUUCCUCGGGUGCGAAAAGUAUACCUCCAUCUGAAUGCAUGGCCUCUGGUAGUGUUCGUACUCCCGGGGAGGCCAUUCCAAUUAGCAAACAACAAAUUGUAGUUGUAGAAGAAUCAAGUAAUGUGCCACCAUUGGCUCCUCCCACCAUCUCCCCCGUGACAGGGACAUCAUCAGCAUGGAAGCAAGGCCAACUACCACCUUCAACUUCCACGAAUUUAGGCAGUAAACCUAGUGGUAGUAAUAGUAAAAGUGACAUUAGCAGUCAAGCAGUAUCAGAUGAAAAGGUAGGACUGACCAAGCUGGAAAUUGAGCCUCAGGUAGAAUUUGUGCCCAGUGUGAGUGCUGCUGAACUGAAGAACUCUAUCCCCCCUGUGGUGAUUAUUAAAGACUUGGAGUCAACGCCCGUGGUGAGUGCUCAGACAAGUGCUCCGAUGGUCGAUGUGGUUCGCAGCAGUCGUGAUGCCCUGAAAGCUAAUGCCCUUGUUAAUCAGUCUCCAAGGCGGAAACAGACCCAGCGUCCAGACGCUGCCUCCAGUGUUCCCCUGGCAACCACUGUUGCUUCAAAUUCUUCUGUUCAGUCCACACUUCCUCCUGCCUUAUCUACCUCUCGAGAGACAACACCAACAGCAGAAACCAAGGGCUCAAAGAAAUCUGCCUCAACAGAAGAGUCCGCUCCUCCUUCAUCUGCAUUCCCAGUUUCCCAGUCUCCCAGGGAGAGGCGGGACCAAGAUAAAUCACAUGGUCGUGAACAUGAAAAGUCCUCCUCUGUAUCAUCACAAGGCAAGGGGGAACGUGAGAAGUCAGUGUCUUCAUCAUCGUCGUCAUCCUCCCAACAUCAUGGUCGUGACCGAGAAAAGUCUUCCCUCGAUAAGGACAAAUCUUCCCUUGAUAAGGACAAAGCCAACACAGCCUCUCAAGGUGGACAUAAAGAUCGUGACAAGUCUGCCUCACGAGGUAGAGACCGUGACAAGUCUUCCACAAAGGAAGCCACUCCUGUCCCAUCACCUGUAGUCUCAGUUGCGCCAACUGUGACAUGUGCAGCAAGUCAGCCCCAAGCAGGGCAGCCAGUACUCGCCAGACCAACUGCCGCAGCAGAGGGGACAAAGCAGAACAAUGGUGAAAUGACAGUAGCAGACACAACAGAAGGUAGGGCUUCCCAGCGUUCAAAGCCAAAGCAGCCACGUCACCAAAAGAUGCGUGAUCUUAACCGGAAGGGAGCUGAAAAAGAGGGUGGCACAGAUAUGGAUGCCUUUACAGAACCUGCCCCUGAAGAAACUACGCCUCUUGCACCUUCGUCAUUAUCGCCAAGUUCACAACCACCGGUUCCAGCAACACCAAACAAAGUAACUGACAAUCAGAUAGCCAAGGAUGAGGAAACAGAAGUCGACAAGGAAGAGAAGCUGGUUGCAGCUCGCAACGAAGAGAAUGUGAAGGUGUCUGCUGCAGCUCUUAAAGAGGAUACCAGCAGCAGCAUAACACCCGUCAUAGAGAAUAUUCCUGUGACCAAACCCACUACGCUUACACUCAGGCAUACAUACAGAGAGGACCAAUGGAGUCCACUGAAUCCGGAAGGAAAGAAAAAGUAUGAGCGAGAUUUCCUAAUGGAGCUUCAGAAUGAUCCGCAGUCAAAGAAGAAGCCAGACAACUUACCUAACCUUGAAGUGGUAUUGAAAGAUAACACAAAUCGGCAACGGAUGGCAGAUCGGCCAUUCUCCAACAUGAACAGGCCUGUCCCUGACAGGUCAACCCAUGAUAAUUUUACUCCUGGCUUCAUGAGGACAUCCAACUCUCGAGGGCCUGUAGCAAAGAGAAAUAGUCAGCAAGGCAAGGCAAAGCCCAACAAACCUGUGAUACAUAUGACGCUUUCACUCAAGGAAGACGUGAAAUUACGGGAGACCGAAAAUGCGUGGAAACCCGAUAGAAUGAAGCAAGCCUCCACCAAUGAAGAAGAUGCAAAGACUGAGGAGCUGUACAAGAAGGUGCGUGGCGUGCUGAACAAACUUACACCGCAGAAAUUUAGCACAUUGGUAUCUCAGGUCCAGGCAUUGCCAAUUGACAGCAUUGAACGUCUGCAGGGUGUCAUCAACCUUGUAUUUGAAAAGGCUGUUGAUGAGCCAAACUUCUCCGAAGCAUACGCAAACAUGUGCAAGGUCUUGUCUAUGAGUAUGCAGCCCCAGGUGGACCGCAAGAAGGAUGAGCCAGAGUUUAGUUUUAGGAAGCUGCUGGUAAACCGUUGCCAGGGGGAGUUCGAGAAGAAUUCUCAAGUGGAACUGAAUCGAGAAGCCAAACUGAAAGAGAUUGAGGAAACUACGGAUCCGGAAAAGAAAAAAGAACUGCAACUCAUUUUUGAAGAGGAGGAGCGAAGAAUACGAAUGAAAUCUGUAGGAAAUAUUAGGUUUAUUGGUGAAUUGUUCAAGUUAGGGAUGCUUACAACAAAUAUAAUGCAACGGUGUAUCAAGCAUCUUCUUGAUGCACAAGAUGAAGAAUCAUUGGAGUGUUUAUGUAAACUGCUCACGACAGUUGGGAAGGAGCUUGAGAACAAGAAACAGGACCUGUCAGAAUGCUUCAAUAAGAUGAAGGAAAUUUCUGCGAAGAAGGGUGAGGUCUCAAGUAGGGUAAGGUUCAUGUUGCGGGAUGUAAUCGACUUACGGCAUGGCAAGUGGAUCCCUAGAAGAAAGGAUUUAAAUCCCAAGACCAUGGAACAGAUCCAGAAGGAAGCAGAGAAAGAGACCUUAGAUCAGCAGUUGCUGUUAAAUUCUGCACCUCAGGGAUCCCGUGCGCAAGACGAUAGAUUUCAGUCAAACAGGAGGAACAGAGGAGGAGGAGGUGGCCUGAGUGAAGACGGGUGGAACAAGGUGAACGUUCGGACAUCCCGGUGCACAGUGGACACUACAAAAUUGAAGGCUGCCAAGGAAGAUACUGCAAUUGUACUGGGUAAUGUUGGCCAGUUUAGGGAAUGGAGUGGUGGGGCAAAUACAAAGGGCAAGGAUGCAAGCAAGAGACCUGUAACUUCUGGCGGUAAUCCCACGUACAGUCAGAAUAUGUAUGCAGCACUUGACACUUCCACUGAAGAUGGGAAGAGGCCUCUGCCCUUAUCCAGUUCUCGACCAGGUCCAGGCAAGACGACGCCUUCCCCAUCUAUGGAAAAAGAACAGAUGUUAUUGGGCAGAACCCGAGCAGAAGGAGACGGGCGGCAGUCUAGGAGCAGUAUGUCUAGAUCAUCAUCACGUGAUAACUCUGCCAGGAGAGCAGGUGAUGAGCCAUCCUCGUUGAGACCCUACGUCCCCCCGUCCCGGUCACCCAUGAGAUCUGCCAGUACUGAGGAUUUUAGCGGUAGUGGAGCUGUAUCUGGCAGAAAGAAUCCUGUGGUUUCUGAACGUCCACUCAGUAUAGAAGAAGUCCAGAAGAAGAUGUCUGUGGCCCUGGAAGAGUUCCUUUGUAAUUUUAAUUACGAGGAAAGUGAGACAUUGGUGGGGGAGUCAUUUCCGGCAGAAAACCUCAAUAUGUUUGUUCGUGAGAGCCUGAACGAUAUGCUGGAGCGUUCAUCAGCUGGAAGGCAAAGUGUAGGGAAGUUAAUGAGCCACCUUGUGAAGGCUGGCGUCAUCCCACUUGAUAUGUACCUUUCUGGGUUAAAUGAAUUUUUAGAAUUUGCAGACGACCUUGCUAUAGACGUUCCAAAAUUCUGGCCAUACGUAGCGGAAUUUAUGGUUCCAAUGUUUUUGUCCGAGGUGAUGUUUUUUUCUGAUUUUCGUGAAGUUGCUCAUCCAGUGCGUGGCAAACUAAUUGUAGACGUUCUGAACCUACUAGUCAAAGAAAAGGGACAGGUCUGGAUCCGACAGCAAUGGGACACGGCCGGCCUCAAGUGGACGGAUUUUAUCCCUGAGGAUGAGGUCAGCGAGUUUGUUAAAAAAAAUAAGCUGGAAUUUACCGUAGAUGGUCCAGCAUCAGCACCAUCUCCUUCUUUAAGCACGCCACUUGAGUGGGACCAUGUCCAAGAGAGACUUGAGAAGUUCCUAAAAAAGGAGGAGGCCCCCACUUCCUUUGAUCACAUCUUUGGUUGGAUAGACGCAAAUGUAGGUCACCGAGUAAAGGAGCCUCAGUUUAUUCGUGCCUUGAUGACUGCAAUCUGCUCAAGUGCAAUUGAAAGUCAGAAGACAUCAUUGAAGCUGAAUGAAAGACGUUUACAGGAUUAUAAGAAACUGAUGCUGAGGUAUGUCGACACCAGCGGUGAACUGGAGGUGCAGUGUUUGUAUGCAAUUCAGUCCCUCAUUAACAAGCUGGAGCAUCCACCAGGUUUGCUGUGCAACAUAUUCCAAACGCUUUGGGAUUCUUGUAUGAUAUCGAACAAUUCGUUUAUUGUGUGGCAAAACAGUGAAAACCCAGCUGAACAGGCAGGUAAAGGUGUGGCAAUUAAGUCGCUGACAACAUUCCUCACGUCCCUUGGUGAGGUGGACGAGGACAGCAGUUGUGAAGAAUCAUGAGCGAGGCUUCAUGUAGUAGCUGGAACCAAUGUAAUAGAGAAGGAACUGUGAACCUGUGAUGCGCCUUACACUACCUUGUGGCACGCUGUUCUGCUCGAUGUGUGUCUCCCUAUAUUAUCUUUGACAUUCUUGCUGCUAAAGGUGAAUCCUUGAGCAGGACUGAAGUGAUUCUUUCAAAAGAACAUGAAGGUGAAAGAGAAACAGAAACAACAAAAGUCGUGUAUAAUAAUACUAAUAUUAUAUUAUUGCUUACUAUAUAUAGCAUUGUUUUUGUUGAGCGAGUGACUGCAGUGAGUCGACUAUAUAUGAGUUAUUAUUCUGUGUAUGAAAGUGCGUGUGAGAGAGAAGCUAAGUUUUGUACAGUUUAAACAAAAUUGGGAAAGUUGAAAAAGGUUCAUGUGAAGAUGUUGCCAGUUGUACUCCGAGUAACAUGGGAAAGUGUUUACAAAUGGAUUGAAGACUUGGGUUAUUAAGAGGGUAAUAGGAAAAAUGUUAAGGAAAAAAUAUAUAAAUAAGAGUUGAAAAAAAUAUGUAUAAACUG